UUAGCGCCGUUUACCCUCUUUUACGCGUACCAGCAUAUUUUUACGAUCUUCAUCCUCCGUCUCAAUAUUUUCAAUAUGAUUUCCACCCUCAUGAAUGUUACCGCCCGCGUCGCCCUCUCCAACCUCCUUACGGUCGCUUUCUUCAAGCGGACUGUCGUUGACCAUACCGUUGAGGUCCUGUCAAAAGCGGAGAAAGUUUCCGCUGGCCUCGUCGUGUAUACUGUUUGCUCGUCGUCAAUUAUGCUUGUUCUAGCAUCCGACAGAGUUGCUCAGAAGUUCCUCCAUGACGACACCAAGAAUCUACCUACUCCGAAGGACGACGACGCCGACCGAAUUCCUCCCUUCUCUGACGACAACACCUCCGCUGCGCCUCAGCCCGCCGAAAUAUUUUCUUUCCCAUCUGCAUCUUCAGAAUCAUUGCGUCUAAUCGACACAAUAGCCGUUUCAAUCACGUGUUCCACCACUUGCAUCAGUCUCACUUCGCCGCACUGCAAAUACCUGUCUAUCGACUCAAACACUACUAGUAAUACUACCGUCUCCUCGGACGAUGCUUCGGACGCCAGCAACUGUGAGUUGUUUGGUGACGACAGCAUUUUCCAUGAGAAUGAUUUUUCUGCCCCAGAACAGACUACCCUCGACGCCCUAGUUGCCAAAAUGCAAGUUCUGACACUCGACGAUCACCCUCAUACAUCUACGCUUCAUCCUUUUAUUCUAGUGGUCAACCGCGAGACAACAUCUACGUCGCCUCCUUCGAGUCUUCCUGAACUUGCCAACUCCAUGGACGCGCUGAUUCGAAGUCUGGCUGCGCUGUCUCUCUCCGAUGGUCCGCCUGACGACUCUGACAUCUCUCUUCCUGACUCGGACGAGGCCGUGGACGCCUCGAGUCGAAGCAUGAAGAAGCUUUCCCUCUCUGAUCCUCCGCCUUCCGCCUCCAAGCUCAAGCCUCCAAUUCUGGUUACGAAGCGCGCCGCAGCUCAACUCAAGUUUCUCCCCCCUACCAGUACUCCACAUCAACAGCCUAUCACCAGAUUUACACGCGACGUAACGACCCCCUCCUCCGUCCCCUACGACCUGGAGCUUUACCGCCCAAGAGGUUGGAGGCCGCCGCCGCUUCCGCACUCGCACACGCAUCUACGCAUCACAUACCGUCGCCGAUGGUGGUCCCCUACGACCAAUCCGGACGACACACCAUAUCACGUAACGGCCUCCUACGACCCAGAGCUUCGCCGCCUAAGUAGUCGAAGGCCACUACCAGUCUACGCAUCCGCCAGCCUAGGUCCCCUACGACCCAAAUCCAAUGACGCACUCAACGGCCUCCUUCGCUGUCCCUCGCAACCUGAAGUUAGAUUCGAAGGCCGCCACCCAUCGUCACGCACACAUCUAUCAAAGCGAAUCAUUUUCCGCUUCAUUCUUCCUAUAAAGGUAUUUUUGAUUUGUAUUCUCCUCAACCGUAUGAGACGGACAGUGGGCUUAUCUCUCGCAUGUUUCUUUCUUCUUCUAUUUUCCUUCCCAACGCAGACUCGGAGGCAUCUUUGAUUUUUUUUUCUCCUUUGUACGAGACAGACAUUGGACUCAUCUCCGGCAUGUACACUUAUUUCCCUCUCCACAUAUAGGUCUUCUUCGAUUUGUUUUUCUCCUUAUACUG